ACAAACUGUACCAUUUUUCUUAAUUUUUUUCCCAAAUUUUUAAUUUGAAGUUAUAUUUGAUGAUUGAAAAUUUUAUGAUUUAUAUUUGUGAUUAGAUUUAGAAUGAGAAUAUAGAAAAUUGAAAUAUUGAUAAUUUAGAAAAUUAAAAAUUUAGAUUAGAUCUAUGUUGAGAAAUCUGAUAAUUUUAUGUUUAUGAGAUAUUCGAAUCUUUUGUGUGAAAUAUUUGUGGAAUUUUUUUGUAGUGCACUACAUACUUUUGAUUUUUCAUAUUCAUAAAAUAAAAAUAUUAAUUUUGUAGAAAAAUGAAUUUUGAAAGAACGGAGGUCCAUCCGGGACCAAUUGUUCCCGAUGUACUAGUCUUUGCACCCAGCAAACAUCGUUGUGAUAGAGUGUGGCAAGACCGUGAGUUUGGCGACGUACCGGUGAAAUGUGUAAAAUUUUUUGGUUGCUUGAGGGAAGGAUUUGGUGUAGAACGUCAUCCACGAGUUGUGGAUAUAUUGCGUGAAUAUGGAUUUUACGGACUUGAAAGAAUUUCUAAGUUACAAAUAGAUUGGGCUUUGAUUACCGCCUUAAUGGAGAGGUGGAGACCGGAGACGCACGCCUUUCAUCUUCCGUUUGGAGAGGUUGGGAUCACAUUACAAGAUGUAGAGGUCCUACUUGGUCUUCCCGUAGAUGGCACCCCGGUUGUUGGUUCGCGUGACAACACCAAAGAGUAUUGGGCCCAAUUGUGUUUAGAUAUGUUGGGGUUUAGGCCAUCUUUAGAGGACGUGACUAAGACGCAGAUCAAAAUGAAUGCGAUCGUACUCAUUCCUAUUGGUGAUCAUAGCCCGGAGGUCGACUUUCGGCAGCAUGUUCGGGCAUUGAUGUUGAAGAUUAUGGGUGGUGCUCAGUUUGCUAGCACGACGGGUAACAAGGUGACUCAAGAGGACAAUCUACAAGGUCUCCAGGAUCAGAGAGCAGACGUGGCACGACGUAGGCCACAAAGACAGAUACAGGGCCGGCGGUGCGGUACAGGAAGUCACUACAUUGUCCCAGGACAAUAUCACGAUGACGAAUCUGAUUCGUAAACAUUUAUUGAACGUAUUUAUUGUACUUUAAACUUUUUUAUUAUUGUAUUAAUUUGGAUGAUAAAUUUUUUUUAUUCUUCUAUUAAUUUGGAUGAUAAAAUCUAUAUUAUUGU